GGGUAACCUUUUUUCCCUUUUUUUUUCUCAUUCAAAAAAAAGCCUAUAUAAAGCAUGACUAAACGACGUAAACAGCACAUCAGAUCUCAAAUGCAGGUAGGUCAUUACUUGAAUAGAGGCGAUCAGCCAUCAGACAUGCCAGAAUAUGAAAUACCACCAAUGACGCCUCAGUUUGAAUCAACACAAUAUGUUCAGGCAUCAAGAGCGAUUGGACACACACUACGUUUUAUAUUUGAAAUAAUAACAGGAGCACUAUUAUUUUUAAAGCCUUUGAUCACUUUUGGCACCGCACUUUUCUUUUUGUUUCUACUCUUAGGCUAUGGAUACAGAUUAUUUCAAGAACUCAUAUUGGAUACAGUCUGCCCACUUCCCUUGGUUGGACAAUACCUUCCAGUCUGUAAAAACUAUUCAGCAACCAUUCCCGACUUUACUCACUUUGUCAAACUUCAAGAAUCGCUGUAUGACACCAUGUUAUCGCGACCUAGAGCAGAGGCGAUCUCUGCUCUGGAAUUGAAACGCGUUGAACUUGCUACAAGAGACCUACAGGCUAUGGUCAAGCAUUCUAAUCUGUUAAGUUCUGAUCUGUUGGAAAUCAAAUUGGGUGAAUACGUUCAGCGCUCAAGGCAAUUUGGCCGUGACCUACAGAGCCUACAGGCUCAGACAAGAGGUGUCAUUGAUAACCUGAUUACCUACAACACCUUUACGCUCCGUAAGUUAUCCGAGGUACAGGCAAAAAAGUCAAGUCGGCAAGAUCUACGAGUACUAUAUGAAACAGCCAUGGCGCUCGUCGAAAAGGAAACCAAGCGGCUCAUACUGGCUAUCGAUAAGGCACAAGGAUCGCUUUUCACUCUGGAAGAAGAUCUUUAUGCAAUUCAUGAAAUCACAAUUCAGGAAAGAAGCUAUCAGGAAUCCGAAAUGCCCGACGUUUUGGCAAGCCUCAUCAACAGAGUCACCAGCCAAGGCAUCAGCCGUACACUGGUCAAGGAAAACUUGAAGCUGUUGGUGAGUUUUGAUGCGGAAAGGGUCAAGGCUGCAAAGCAACUCAUGAUGAUGCGAGAUAAGAUGGAGAGGUUUCAGAUGGACCUUGAAGAAUUGAGGUCGCAGGUGGUCGCGCCUAUACUUGUGCCUGAUGCCAUACCACUAGAAAUGCACAUUGAGAAUAUCGGAAAAGCAAUAGAUAGAUUGAAGAGUAGCAAAGUUGUCUUUUUGGAGGAUCGACAGCAAAUAGAUAGUAGUCAAUAAACCCUCGUUUUUAUUGUAGCUUGGUGUCCUCUCUAGGAUCCUUCAUGCUAAAGAUUUUCAAGUUGCCUGCGUAUUUUCCGUCAGAGGCUAUUUCGUCUCCUGCAUACGCCAGAUAGUAAUC